AUGUCAUCCGUAUAUCGAAUCCGCUUUGCCCCUAGCAGCAAAUACCAGCUGCCGGCGUCGACGGAAGCCAACGCCUCGCGGGCUCCGUCAGCAUCCAGCUCCACUCCUCCGUCUCCAGAUGAGAGCAACUCGCCGCUGGAACGCACCAGGAACCGCACCACCAAGAGCCGUCUUGGCUGCAGGGAAUGCAAGCUUCGUCGGGUCAAAUGCGACGAGACUUAUCCCGUCUGCCUCCGGUGUCAACGGCGCGGCUCCGUCUGUCUCUCAAGCCCCCGGCCGGCCCAGUGGCAAACUGAGGUCUCGUGGUAUUCCGACUAUUCCCUCAGCCCCUGGACAGGGGAUAGCCCUCCCAACAAACGGCUCUUGCAGUACUGGCUGGAGCAGUCGAGCAAGAUGAUGUCGGUGGAUCCGAACAAUAACCCGCUAUCAUUUCCGCUGCUCCGUUAUCUCGCCGCAAGCCCUUCCCUCGUCCACGCAGUGCAAAGCGUUGGCGCCGGCCAAGAGACAUUUUUCAAUAGUUCCAGCCUUGGCACUUGUUUGGAGGAGCGUGGGCGCGCUCUCAAACUGGUGCGCCAGGAGUUGGCGAAUAGCGCACGCCCGCCACUCACCUCGUUGCUCACAGUCUUUAUACUCGGUGUUUCUACACCUUGGCUCGAGUCACAACCUCAAAGCUACGGUAAAGAACACCUCAAUGGUGCCAGGGCUGUAAUCAACCUCGUUCUAUCAGAGAAGGGAAUGGCUGAGGAUCCCCUCAUGAAGUUCCUCCUGGGCUGGUACAUAUGGUGGGACAUGUGUUGUUCCUUUAUCGCCGACUCAGAUGACCUCUCAACGGUCGAUACGCCCAAGAUCCUCGCUAUUCUUCAACCAAAUUCAGACGCUUUCCACCCGAUGAAUGGCUUCUCUUCUGAGCUCUAUACUUAUGUAGCCUCUGCCAGUAGGUAUUGUCGCCGUGUACUAGACCAUCGAGGGCGCGAUCCAGCGCACGAAGUCGAAAUUGAGACGAAGCUCUUGGCAUGGCAACCUGAUGACCGUCAUCCACACUUGGCACGCUUAAGCAUGGCUUAUCGGAACCACGCUCUUAUCAUGUUAUACAACACUUGCCCGGAUUCAGGUCUUCCAAUGCGUACCAUCACCAGUGAUGAUGGCCUGGAGAUUAUUGAAGGGACGGAAGCCAUAGUUAGGUUUUAUGCCCUACAGACCCUUCGAAACCUGUUGAGCACGCCCAUGCACGAAGCCUGCGUAAUCUUUCAAACGAUGCCGCUGCUCACGGCGGCAGCAGAACUGAAAGAAUGCGACGUAUCUCUUCGGGGGGAUGUCAUCAUCAGAUGCAAGGCCCUGUACUCUAUUUGCAGGAUUGCAGUAAUGCUGCGGUGUAUUGAUAUGUUGGAUGAACUGUGGGCAUUGCGGGACCGUGGCGUUGAAAUCACGUGGAUGGAAUUGAGUCUGACAAAGAGCUGGAGACUUUGUUUCUCCUAA